GCAAAAUAAAAUAGCACAAAAACAAAAUUUGUAAAUUACAUAUAUGAACUGCCUUUCUUUGGCGAAAAUAUAAUUAAUGUGCAGAAAUAACAAAUUAUAAACUAUAAAAACGCAUAAAUUGUAUAAAGUAUCCGUAUUAAAUUAUAAGUAUGAUGGAGGACGAAUUGGUACCCCGCUUACCAGUUGACAGCGAGACAAUUGACUUUCAGAAUUGGCACAUAAGCUACCUCAAAUCACAUAUACUUAAAAGUAUCUGCAAAAAAGGUCAAGAUAACAAUUGCACACAACAUGAAGAUGACUGCUGUGAAUUAUGUACUUAUCGUUAUGCACUUGAACUGCCACACCUGCCCGAUAUGGUGUUCCAUAAAAAUAAGUUGUCACUAAAACACAAAGAUGGUGCACUUUUAGAAUUCCUUCCGAUGGACUCAUUACGUUUGGUUGAAAAUGGAAAACAGCCACUGCAAGUUGCCUGCGCUCAAGAAUGGAAGGAGAGCAGACCUGAUUGUCAUAUGGAAGAAAAAUUCAAACCGUUUGAUUGGACUUUUACUACCGACUACCAAGGUACCUUAAAUGAAAAAUUUCGUGUAGAAAAUUCCGAUAUGUCAUUGAAUAAAUUCAAACUGAUGCAACGUGAGAAAAUACUCUUUUAUCAUGAUCUCACUUUGUUCGAAGACGAACUGCAUGACAAUGGGAUUUCGUCAUGUUCAGUGAAAAUUCGCGUUAUGCCGUCGGGUUUCUUCAUAUUACUUAGACAUUUCCUACGCGUCGAUAAUGUGUUGCUUAAAAUGCACGAUACGCGAUUUCAUUACGAGAUCGAAAAUAACUAUAUAUUUAAGGAGUAUACGAAGCGUGAAGCUACAUACAGUGAGCUGAAAAAUGUACCACCGCCAUUUUUCACAGUACCCAAUGAAAUUGAGAACUACCUACCGAUUAAGGAAAAGAAAGCUUAUAAAUUGUAUUUCAAGUAAAGAGUUUAAAAAUUAACAAUAAUAUGAUAAGCAUUUUUAAAAAUAAAGAUACAAAACCACCCAGUUUAAAGUAA